AUGGAAGAUGCAGACGAGAAUGAUGAUUUUGAGGAACUGGCGUUACGGAGAAGGGGAUGUUGUUUGUGGCUUCCGUGUUUCGGCCGGCGGCCGGCCGGCGCGUGGGAGCGUAUUCCGACGUCGGAGAGCUAUAAAGAGGAUUGGUUGGGGAAGAGUACGAGUGCACUGAAGAAAGUUCGGGAGUGGUCGGAGCUCGUCGCCGGUCCCAAAUGGAAGACCUUUAUCCGCCGCUUCAACAAGCACCGUUCCAAACCCGUCAAGUUCCAAUACGACCCGGUGAGUUACGCGCUGAAUUUCGACGAGCAGAGUGGUAAUAAUCUGGACGACGGUCAUCUCCCCCGGGAUUUCUCGUCGAGAUAUGCGUCUAUUCCGGCGACGGCCAAAUCGCCGAUGGACCUGGGCAAGGACGCGGAUUCAUUCACGUGA